CGCGGGCAGUACGUCAUCGGCGCAGCGCGACCUUCCGCCGGGUCACCACAGGCUAGUGCCGGGUAGGCACCCGAAAGCUACAGCUGCUGCCCCGCACUCGCUAUGUCUAAGGCCUCACGUGCUGCCAAAGUUGCAAAGAGAGCCGACGUCGCUGGCGUGAUCCGCGCGCUGCUGGGAGCCGGGCAGGCCGCACCAGGACCUCCUCUGGGUCCCACCUUGGGACAGAGGGGUGUCCCAAUUGGACAGUUUUGUAAGGAGUUCAAUGAGAAGACCAAAGACAUUAUUGAUGGCGUCCCAUUGCGUGUUAAGAUUCUUGUUAAUCCUGACAGAACAUAUGAAAUGAAGAUUGGGCUACCGCCUGUGUCCUACUUCUUGAAAUCUGCUGCUGGAAUAGAAAAAGGAGCUUCCCAGACAGGUAAAGAGGUGGCAGGAAUGGUGACACUAAAGCAAUUAUAUGAAAUUGCUGUAGUGAAGUCUCAGGAUGAAGCGUUUGUUCUUCGGGACAUGCCGCUGAUAGAAGUAGUGAAAUCUAUCAUUGGAAGUGCCCGCUCACUGGGAAUCCAAGUGGUGAGAGAUCUGUCAGCAGAGGAAUAUGGCAAGUUCCUAGAAGAGCGACGUAUUGUCCUUCAAGCUGCCGCCGAAGCUCGAUUAGCAGAAGCCGCAAUGACUAAAAAGAAAUAAUGUGUCAAGAUGAGAUGUUUUGAACUGUGACAUAACAUGGAGACUGACUGUGCUACAUUUUCUACUGAUACAAGGAUCCUGUGACAAAUAUGACUUGAUGUUAGUAAACGAUUGAUGCAUAUAUAUAUGCAGCAUGUCCUUUCCAGUAUAAUAAAUCAGAGGCAUCAACUGGAUGAAGCCUUUUUUUUCAUA